GUAGAUUUUGCAUUCAACGUUUGGGAGAGUGCUCCAGAUACAAUGGUUGGGUUUGUGCCCCGUGUUCACUGGCCUGAAAAAUCGAAUGAUAAAGCCAAUUACUACACUUACAGCGGGUGGUGGUCUGUUUGGUGGAGUGGUACAUAUAGUAUGGUACUCUCAAAGGCAGCCUUCUUCCACAAAAAGUACCUCAGCCUUUACACAAAUAGCAUGCCGGCAUCAAUCAGGGAAUUCACAACCAAUAACAGGAACUGUGAAGAUAUUGCAAUGUCGUUCCUCGUUGCAAAUGCUACAAACGCUCCUGCUAUAUGGGUGAAAGGUAAAAUAUAUGAAAUCGGUUCAACUGGAAUUAGUAGCAUAGGAGGGCACACAGAGAAAAGAACGCACUGUGUAAAUCGGUUUGUGGCAGAAUUCGGGAAAAUGCCGCUUGUAUACUCUUCCAUGAAAGCCGUUGACAGUCGCAAUUUAUGGUUCUGGUGAUUUUGCUUCUUUCGCUUGGUGGUACAUUUCUGCUUUCUCUUCCACUGGUUACUACUACACUUUCACGUUCUAGCUAUCGAUGGUUUUGACGCCAAGUAAGAGUUUAAAACAGAGAACUGAUCUUACUUUUACGGGAAGAUAGAAGAUAGAGAACGAGAGUUUAGAACUGGUGGCUUAUGGGGUUUCUCAUAGAAUCUUACAAAGAGAGAUAGUAGUAGCCUAGUGUGUAUGGUGUACCCUCAUUGUACAUUUUGUAACAUUGUAACUUGUAACAUCUCAUGUUGUGAAACUAUUGUUGUUGUGCUAAAAAAAAUGAGUUAUGUAUUCAUACA